AAGCGCCAGUACUAUUUAGUUCACGGAAUUGUUGCUUAAGGACAGCCUUGAAAAUAAGAGAGAAAAUUGGGCGCCAGAUCCAAAUGCUUAAAUCUUCAUUUCCAACGAGAAACGGAUAUACAACAGUUGCGGUAAGUGUCGGCGUAAGCAAAAAAGUGAGGGAAUUAGAAGGGUAGUACAGAAGAAACAUAUAUUCGAUCUAACAAGUCCAACAAUAGCUAAUAACAAUGGUUAAAUUCUCUCCCGGGGAUGAGUACAGUAGCAAUUCGAAGAGACCCAGACCAAGCAGUGCUGAAGAAGCUCCACCAGUGAUGCAACAAAGGCAAGAGAGGGGAAUUGGGUUAUCUGGGUCAGAGAGUGACAUGGGCAUCGGCAUGGCUGCUUUCAUUGACCCCGAAACUCUUGAUUGCUGUAUUUGUAUGGAACCCCUUUCAUCCCCCGUGUUUCAGUGCUCAAAUGGACACAUAGCCUGUUCCAAAUGCUGUGAGCUAUUGUACAGUAAAUGCCAUUCAUGUGCUAAGCCUAUUGGAAAGAUCCGUUGUUUGGCCAUUGAAAAAGUGAUUGAGUCUGUUAAAGUGGGCUGCAAAUAUUCUUGUAGUGGAUGUACAGAGUUAGUUAGAUAUCCUGAAAGACGUGAUCAUGAAUCCAAAUGUCGGUAUGCGCCGUACUUAUGCCCUGUUUCGGGAUGCAGUUUUACAGCUUCAUCAAAACUGUUCCCAGAGCAUUUCACAACUGUGCAUGGAGCUACUGCAACACAGUUUAGCUAUGAUGCUUGGUUCACUGUGACAAUGGAUACAGAUGAGCCAUUUUUAAUCCUGGAAGGUGAAGAUAUGGUUUUUCUUCUCCAGAACAAAAUGAAACCUCUUGGAAAUCUAAUUCAUAUAAUCUAUUUUGGACCAGUUUCUUUGGAAGAGCAGUAUUCUUAUCAAAUUGAGAUAAAAAAGGAAAAACGGCGUUUGAUAAUGGAAAGUUUUGCAAGAAGCAUUGUUGGGAUAUGUGAGACUCUUCAGGACUUUCUUCUUGUUCCAAUUGAAACUUAUGAGGAGAAUGGACAAUUUACAUUUGAGAUAUCAUUUCAUCGCUUAUGAAUAAAAAGGGGUGAACAGUGCAUAAAAGUAAAGGAAUGCUAUUAAGCUCCAAAUAGAAUUGUUCUCUGUUUUACUUUUAACCCAUUCUUAGGUCUGUUCUCUUCAGUGAGAUCCAAAUAUGUGAAAGUAUCUCAGGUACGUGCCUGACCGUUGAAUUAUUUUGUUAUUUUAUUUAGGGCAAGUGGCUUUUUUGGGUCAGUCUAUAACUUCAAUGACAUUUUGAGGCCAAAGAGGUCCGAGCAUUGGAUGUCCAGCUGGAAGUGAAGUGCUAGUGUAAAUAAUACAUUAAGCCUUGUGUUCAUUCUACACUACUUGAAAAUUUGAAGCAUCAACCGCACCAUUAGUUUGUCAUGUUAUAAAUGAAGUCUCUUGUUCUUAUGUUA